AUGCCUCCGCCAGACUACCCGCGACUGCCGACCCACUACCGCUUCGACCCAGCGAGCCCGUCGCUUCGUUCGAUCAGCAUACCCUUCCCCGAUUCCCCUCGCGAUGGAGGCUUGCGACAGGCUCUCAGGGUCGCUGCUGGACUCGCGUUGGCCGCACAUGCGGGAGAAGAGCGGUAUGAGUUCGGCGUCGAAGGCGGCAAGGUUGUGGAGGGCGAGGUGAACCGGGAUCAGACCGUCGGAUGGAUGCUGGAGCGCGUCGAGGAGACGACUCCGAAGAAGCAGGACGAGGACGGCGUGCGGUUGACACUGGAGCUGAGAGAGGGCGGAGUUGGUGCAGACGACCAAGGCGCCGCAGCGACGCCCCUUCACCUCGUCGUCGACGUUUCCGCCUCGACGAACCCCUCCGCAACCCUCUCCUUCGACUCCUCCCUCAUUCCCGAACUCGAAGCUCGUUGGCUUCUGUCGCACAUCCUCACCGGGACCCGCGCCAUCCUCCAAGCUUCCCGCUCAACCCGCAUCUCAGCCAUCUCCCUCGCUCCUUCCGAUGAACUCGCCACUCUCGAACAAUACUGCACCUGUCCCACGACGAUCCACGAACCCGAAGCUUACCCUCCUUCCGCCAAGACCUUGCCCGACUUCUUCCUCCAUGCGGCGGAGCAAUUCCCCGACGACCCCGCCCUGCACUUCAUCUCCGACGUGACUUCUCCUCGACACGACUCGCUCGUCCUCUCUUUCUCGCAGCUCGCCUACCUCGCACGCUUCCUCGCCUCCCAUAUUCUCCUCUCUCUCGACGACGCAUCAGCCCGCUCAAAGCUCGACGGCCAGCACGUCCUCCCAGUUGUGGUCGACAAGUCACCCGCAAUGAUCAUCUCGCUCCUCGCCGCCUCGCUCGUCGGCUUCGGAUACCUCGCGCUCGAGCCGUCCUUUCCGGAGGGCAGGAAGCGAGGGAUUUGCGAGGAGUUGGCAGAGAAGGGGAUGUUGGCGAGUACGGCGGUUGUGCAGAGUGCUGAUGAGGAGAAGGACAGGUGGGAAAGCUGGACACACGAGGAAGGGAAGAAGGCGUUCUCCUCCGUCAUCGACCCGCAGGCCGUCCUCGCUCCCCUCCUCGACUUCCUCGCAACCUGCUCGUCCACCUCGACAACGGACCUCGUUUCUCGCUUCCCGAUUCCUGAUCUCUCGGGCGUCGGUGGCCUUCCGACGCUUAAGGAGGACGGGUUGGCGUAUGUGAUCUACACGAGCGGGACAACGGGCAAGCCGAAGGGAAUCAUGGUCGAGCAUCGGAACGUCGCGGCGUUCCUGAGGAACUACCGUGGCGUUUUUGGCCGAGCGCGGGGCGAGCGAGUGCUACAGUUCCCAAGCUAUUCGUUCGACGUAAGCGUCAUGAACAUCUGGGACACGCUUGCUCACGGCUCGACAAUCUGCAUCACCACCCCAGCUUCACUCUUCUCUUCCCUCGCCGAUACGAUCCUCACACUCGACUGCACCCUCGUCGACCUCACACCAACCAUCGCCGCGCUCCUCUUUGAGCACGAAGAAGCCCAGCCUCGGAAAGGCGAGAGCAUCGCGGACGCGUGGCGGAGAGCUGGGUUCCGGAUCAAGCAGGUCAAUACUGGUGGAGAGAAGGUUGAUAAGAGUGUUCGGGAGAAGUGGAGGGAGCGCGGCACCACUGUCGGCGUCAUUUCGAACCAAUCUCUCGCGCCGUCCCCGCCUGCGCCAUUCUCCCUCCCCAUCGGCAAACCAACAGGCAAUACCCGCGUCCACAUCCUCCCCUCCCACUCGCCCGACGCCCUCGCGCCCCUCCCUCUCGGCUGCAUCGGCGAGAUCUGCGUCCUCGGUCCGCAAGUCACGCGUGGAUAUGUCCGGCAAGAGCUGAACAGGGGCGUGUUUAUCGGGUUGAAUGGCAACGAAGGGAUCGGGGAGAAGGGGGAGAGACUGUACAGGACUGGAGACUUGGGGAGGUGGGUCGUUGCGGAUUGGGAGGAAGAAGGGGAGAAGGAGGGCUGGAUUGAGUGUCUGGGAAGGAAGGACGGGCAGGUCAAGGUCAACGGUCUUCGCAUCGAAGUCGGCGAGAUCGAGGAGAACCUUUCCUCGAGGGCCGACCCAGCCAUCGUGCGCGGUAUCGUCGACAAGGUCGACGCGCCCGGCAUCGGCACCGCCCUCGUCGCCUUCCUCGAGCUUUCGCCCUCUUUCGUAUCCGACGGUACCGCUUCUCCCGCCACUCAGCGCGAACGGCACCACUCGCACUCCGCAGGAUCCGUCUCCGUCCUCCCUCUCUCCACCUCUCCUCGCUUCUCCACCCUUUGCGAGUCGCUCAAGUCUCGACUCGGCGAGAAGUUGCCGACCUACAUGGUCCCGCGGUAUUGGCUCGCGGUGAACCGUAUUCCGACGCAGGGGAUGGGCAAGGCGGAUCGCAAAACGCUGCGAGGGCUGGCGGAGGACUGGGACUGGCAGGGCGCUGCGCGAAAUCGACGAGCGAACGGAGCGAACGGCGAUGCGCAGGCUGACGGGCCGGAAGAGGCGCGACACUACACUCGUCUGCCUCACUUUGACGCCGCACGACGAGCUUGGGCGAAGGUUUUGCGAUUGAAGGACGACCCCGUUGGCGCCAACAUUGCCGAUGAAGACGCGUUCAUGAAGCUCGGAGGCGACUCGAUCCGGUUCAUGAAGCUCGUCAGCGUCAUGCGAAGCGAGGGCUACCCUGGUGUAGCCUUUCGCGACCUUGUCGAGGCUGCGACUCUCGCAGACUGUGCUACCGUCCUCGAGCGCAAGGGCGGGGCUGGUGCCAAGACCAACGGUCGCCUUUUCCGGCACGCGUACCGACCGUUUUCGCUCGUCCCGGAGGACCAGAAGGAGGCUCUCUUCGCCGAGCUCGAGUCGGCCUCUCUCCCUCUCAGCCGCAUCUCCGACGUUUACCCGACCGCGCCAGCCCAAGACGCCCUCCUCGCACCAUCCUUCGAUUCGCCAUGCGGUCAUUACUAUGCACAGGCCGUCUAUGCCGUCGGCGUGAGCGAAAUCGAGCUCCCUCUCGAGCGACUUCAGCACGGCAUUGACGAGCUCGUUCGACGGCAUGACGUGCUUCGUGGCGUCUUUUUCGUCAGCGACACGCUCGGGCGAACAAUGUCUCUUGUGCUGAAGCCGGAGGACGAGGAGGUGAAGCAACGGAGCCGAAUCGAGGAGAUUCAGGUCGGCGAUGCGAAGGAGCUGGACGCCGUCGUUUCGAGCUGGCUGCGACAAGACCGACAGGCGCACUCGUUCGAAUGGGGCCGGCUGUCGCUCUCGUUCGCCCUGUUCAGCUUGCCUGACGGAACUCGGAAGCUCGCCUGGAGCAUGCAUCAUGCAAUGAGUGACGGCUGGACCCUUGAGCUUCUUACCCUCGACCUCCGCAACCUCUGCUUCGAUAUCCCUGUUCCAGAUCGACCUUCCUUCGGCGCCGUCGCGUCAUGGUGGCUCAGCGAGACGACACCGCCGCAGGACACGAUCGACUUCUGGCGGUCUUACCUUGACGGCGCGAAACCGCUCGGCUGGCCUUCGCAAGACCCGCUUCACGGCGAGAUCUUGGCAACCACCGGCGCUGCGAUUCAGCACUGGUCAGGCGAGCUUGACGCCCUCUCUCAGCGCAGCGGCAUCACGCCGGCAAUCGCAAGUCGACUGGCCAUCCUCGUCGCCCUUCACCACCAUACAGGCUCAUCCGACGUCAACGUCGGCAUCGUCCGCUCUGGCCGCGACAUCGAUGUCGUCGAUGCCGACGAGAUCAUCGGUCCUUGCGUCUCCGUCCUCCCCUCCCGAAUCCGCUUCGAUCCCAACUCCUCCCUUCUGUCCCUCGCCAAGACCGAAGCCGAGGCAGACCGUCGCGCCCGAAUUCACCAGCACGUCACCCUGUCGCAACUCGCCCGCUUCUGCGACCUACCCGGUCGCGCAGACCUCUUCGACAUCCUCGUCACCUUCCAAUCCCUCGCCGAGCGAGAUCCCGCCGUCGAGACCGCUGCGCCUUGGCCCGUCCGCCAACCACCCGAGCGCAUCCACAUGCCGACCAACUACACGCUCUCGUUCGAGAUCACGCCCGACAUGCAUAACAAGGACAAGCUCGAGCUGGCAUGCUUCUUCGACGAGCGGAUCAUCGAGAAGAGCGAGGUCGACAACGUGCUCAAGUCGGUUGCGAGUGUUCUCGACUACUUGACGACAGCGCCCUGCACCAAGCUUGGCCAGGUCAAACUGGGCGAAGGAGUGGCGCCGCCUCGGCCAUUGUCGAAGCAGGCGAAUGGUUCGACAGGCCCGCCAAGCGGCGUCAAUGGCUCGACCAGGGCGCUCGACCCUGCUCUCUUAGCUACCGUCCAGCGACUCGCGAAGGAGUGGGCGUCGGUGCUGAGGGUCCCGGAGGCCGACAUCGGUCCGCACGACUCGUUCGCGUCUUUCGGCGGCGACUCGAUCGCGACUAUGCGCCUCGCCGUCCGCCUCAGCAAGGCCGGGAUGGCGAUUCCGACACAGGCUCUCGCAAAACUCCCGACUCUGGCGGAUCAGGCGGACUGGCUGACGCGGGAAGAGACAUAG